ACAUGCCCUGAGAGGUUACCUGUGAUUCACCAAGCACUUGAGAUAUACCACCUCCAGUUUAAAUUCCAUGCGGAAUAUUUUGGAGGAUCGAGAACCAAGAUGAAGUCUGUAUAAAGUACAGUGUAAAGUACUGUUAGGACAACAUAAUCACUGUCUUUUCACAUUGCAACAUCCUGAUCAUUGAGACAUGAACUACACUCAGCCACUUGCAAUGGAACCACAUUGAUAAUAUGCCUGAUGACAGAUCCUGAAACAGAGAUAUUGCUCCAAGCUAUGUAAUGGCAAAGCGUUACCAGGAACAUUGCAUAUAUACUUCCAGGAUAUUCUCAAAGCUCUCUUGAAAAAAACUUAACAUCCCUACCAACUCACAGGUUCCUGGUCUAAAUGGAAAAGGGAAGAAAUCAAGAAUCUUUAUCAGAUUGUUUCUUUAUCAUAUAGAAAUCAAACAAAAAUAGGAGAAAACAAAAAAAAGCUCAGUAUCUCUCAGACCAUCAGUUCACCUCAGAUUCAGAUUCAUUUAUUUAUCACAUGUACAUUGAAACAUUGGGGUGACAGGGUGGGGAUAUGUCUCUACUAAAUGAGGCGUAAGGUGCUCCUUCCCUCUGCGUGUCUGCAGGUCAUCCGUGGGCAAGGUAUAGCAUCUGCUUAGCCCCCCAAACUCUGAUCAGAGUUACGUGAAGCCAUGGGAGCAGGUGGUGGAUGGCCGCACGUGCAACUGGAGCAUAUCACAAGUCCUGGUUAUGCAACUGCUGAUGCCAGGCAGACAGUCUCUGAAGAGAAUUAGUAAUGACUGGGGUCACCUGUCUUGUAAAGACACAGCCCAGAAGAAGGCAAUGGCAAACCACUUCUGUUGAAAAAUUUGCCAAGAACAAUCAUGGUCGUGGUCAAGACACGGCACAUAAUGAUGAUGUUGAUGUCAUCAAAACAUACGUGGAAAUGUAUCGUUUGCAUGAACAGCCAGGGGACAACCCACAAGCAUUGCCACGCAUUCUGGCACUAACAUAGCAUGCCCACAAUGUUUAACAGAACAAAACAAGCAACAAGACACAACAAGAACAAUAAGCCCUUUUCCUCCCUCCCACUCACCCACCCACACAAACAGGCCUCCAACGCCAGGACAAGCUUGUCAAUCACCUCUUGCUCUACUUGUGUCAGUCAGUUCCCGCAUAGUUCCGAUUAGCCACCUCAGAAUACACAGUUUUGGCAAGGAAGAAACUCAACCUGUUACUCUGAAGGACUGCCUGAAACAGGUAAUAAGAAGAAGAAGAAGGGGGAAGAGGAGGGAGAAACAGAGUCGGACACAGACGAGAAUCUGGAACAUGAGGAUGACCUGCAGUUCCACGACCUCAAGGAUAUGAUCGAGAUUUCCCUCGGUGCAACUUCCAUCAACGCCUCUAAGGUGGCCAAGCGGUUCGUUAAAUUGAAAGACCUUCGCUCUGGUGACACUUACAAAGUGGUAGGACGGUUCCAGUUUACUUCUCCUUGGUGGAAAGUGACAGCAAAAAUCUUCUGUCAUCAGAAAAAAUGGUAUCUUCAGGGGUAUCCUUCUUAUGCUCUGAGGAUCCUGACUGAAAAGGAACGUGAUAUUGUCAGCCUUUUCUUAACAAAAUGUGGCAUCCACUCAGAUCACGUAAAUAUAUUUUUUGAAUACUUGACUUGCCAUGGUCUUCAAUUUCCAGAAGUAUUGAACACUUUACAACAGAUUGCAGACAAGGAAAAGAAAAAGGAUGAAAAUAAAAGUCGUUUUCAAAGUUGCAUAAAUCGCUGCAUAUUUAAGUCAGUUGAAGGUCAGAAUGUGCUGAAAGGUUUGAAGUUCCAAAGCCUGAUGAAGUAUCUGCCACAGCUUCUGCCACGGUCCUUUUUGCAUAUUUUGGACAUGAGCAAUAAUGCCCUUGAGAAUCUGGAGCAGAUGAUUCGUACAGAAGUGUGGAAGUUGGGAUUCCGUUCUAUUCUCUCUAAGGAGUUUAACCUUAUUGGUUGUGAGGCGAGGUUGUCAGCCUUUGAAGAAGCUGAUCUUCUUCAGACAAUUCCAGAGAUACAGAAACAUGCUCUCAUAAUUUAUGAUAAACUCAAAGAAACCUGUUGGAGUAAUGGACACACUUAUGUAAGAAUUGAUGAGUUGACUGGAUUACGCCCAACUGAGAUUAGCAUUGAAAGUGAAUGGGAUUCGUUAAAUUUUUUGAAGGAAUCAAAGAUUAUUGUAAUUGAAAAGAAGCGAGUAUACCUUGAGCAUUUGUACAACUAUGAGAAAGAAAUUGCUAUGUGUAUAAAGGAUCUUGUGGAUAAACCACCAUGGCAUAUCUCUCUCAAUGUGGAAGAAGUUCUAAGAAGUGCAUUCACCCCACCCCAGAUGGAAUGCUUCUCUAAGGGGAAAGAGUUUGAGAGUACAGAGGACAGUGAAAGAGUUAAUUUGGAUCCGGAUCAGAUUCGAGCUGCUAACAUGAUGUGUGAAAAUCCUGUUACAGUUGUAAGUGGUAAAGGUGGAUCUGGGAAAACCACACUUGUCAGUCUUAUUUUCAAGGCAGCAGUUAAAAAUAUGCACAUUGCAGAGAAAGAAGAACUUUUGCAAGCAUGUGAAGAUCUUGAGCAGGAUCAAUCUGCUCCUGAAUACUGGGAUAUUCCAACAAGUAAAAUUCCAAACGCUGACCAGGUUGAAAAACAGAAUGUCAGCAAAGCAACUGUGCUGUUCACUGCCCCAACUGGAAGGGCAGCAUCUCUUUUGAAUAAAAAAACCGGAUUUCCUGCUUAUACUUUACACCAGGUAAUAUGGAAUUUCAACUCUAUCCAACGCUCCAAGGAAAAACAAGCUGUGUUUGAUUGGAAGUUUUCUGAAGUUCAGGUUCUGAUUGUUGAUGAGGGAAGUUUGGUAUCAGUGAAGAUUCUAAGUACUGUUUUAAACUUGCUUAUGAGCAAUGCCAAUCUCAAAAAGCUUAUAAUCCUUGGUGAUAUUAGGCAGUUGCCUAGUAUAGAACCUGGCAACAUGUUGAAGGAUGUAUACUCCAGCUUGCACCAGGUUAGAUGGGCCAUCGAGCUGUCAACUAAUCAUCGUGCAGAGAGUCAACUCAUUAUAGAUAAUGCUGCUAAAAUCGCUGAGAUGGGAUGCAAGUCUGUUUAUACACUGUUGGAGUACGAUGCAGUGAUGCAUGUAACAAAUGGGAUAGAAAUCUCAAUUCCAACACCUGAUAAAAAAUUCAUUCUGGUUUCCCUUGGAUCUAGCCCUGUUGCUCUUCGAGAGGCUAUCACCAUUUUGUUAAAAAGCGCUCCAGGACUUGAUGAUCCUGUGACCUCACAGUUCAUUGCAUUUAGACGGGACGAUUGUGCAGUGAUCAAUGAGCUCUGCUGCAAACAUUAUUCAGGCCAUUUGACCAAAGAUCAUAAAAGAAAGAGUGACUUCCGAGUUGGAGAUAAAGUGUGCUGUACGAGGAAUGGAUACGUCAUGGAUUUGACUGAAGAAUCAACAUCAAAGUUGGAGAAGAAACAAGUUCGCUUAUGUAAUGGAGAAAUCUUUUUUAUCAUUGAGGAUAAAACUGUAUAUAGUAAUACAGGUACUUCGUACAGUCGUUUCUUGCUACUGGAUGACAAGCAGAAUCGGCCGAUUUUGGUGAAUUUUAAAGAAGUGGAGAAGGAAUGCAAGUUGGUGCAUGCAUGGGCCAGAACAAUCCACACUUUUCAGGGUUCUGAAGCUAACACCGUUGUGUAUGUUGUGGGAACGGCAGGAAGACAGAACUGGCAGCACAUCUACACUGCAGUCACACGAGGGCGCAAGCGUGUAUAUGUUGUUACAUCUGAGAAUCACUUCACUAAAGCAGUGACGGCCAAAAGCCCCUACAGAAACACUCGCCUUCGUGAAUGGCUACAGGAGAAACUAGUAAAACCAAGACUGCCGCCAUGCUUUGAAGGAUUACAGUUCCAGCAGCAGGCAGGUUGGGCACCCACACCUGCAGAGCUCUGUCCAGCCCUGUUCAAUUCAUCUGUUUCUUUGUCUCAGGUGGUGCCAGAUUUGACAUCCUGUGUAGCAGAUGAGAUAAAGGAUAGAGCUAACUCACAAUCUCAGAAAGAAGACUCCUAUUCAGAAGAUUUGGCAUUUGCACAGAACUACAGUUGGUCUCCUUAUAGUUUCGAGCUUGACAACACAGAAUGUAUUUGGACCAAGGAAGGGCCAAAAGAAGCAGUCGACACCUUACUUCAAGUUGGUGAUAGAUCUACAAGAGAUAAGUUGGUAGGGACAAUUGGAGGAGUGUCCAGCAGCUCUGAAAAAUCUGAAGCAAGUUGGUCACCUGGCAGUAAGAGAAGUGAUAAUACUCUGGCUGGUGAGGAAUUUGCUCCAAAAUACUCCAAGAUACUGAUGGAAUCACCUCUUGGCUGCAAGAGGUUCAAGAUGAUGACACUUGACAACUCAUCACCACAAAGAGGCACCAAUAAAAAGCUGUUUAAAGAGGAGAGUGAAUGAUGUGAUGUGCAGGCUUUUACACAAA